UCCUAUAGGCCCAUUAUUUACAGUCUAAAGUCCAGGACCAGCUCCAGACCUCCAUUUGUUACAGAGCAGCAAUACAACGUCCAGUCCACAAGGUGGCGGUAUGUGUCUUGAUACAUAUUUUUCCCUGACAAAGGCUGAGAGAUACAGAUACACCUCACAGACAGAUACACAGAGAGGGAGUCUGCUGCUGCUGCUGCUGCACGAUGGCCAACACGACGCUUCAGUCAUUCAACGUCUUCCUGACGGAGAGAUUAACCGCAGCAGCUGUAGACAUCUACGGCUUCGUGGAGAAGACAAUCAUAGACUACCAGGACGAGGUGUACCGAACAAAACUGGAAAACCAGAGGUUGCAGCGGCUUCUGGAUUUGGUCUACAAACCGGAGAUAAGGCUGCACAGGGCAGACGCCAAACAGCCAACUGAACCUACGCCCACAGAGGACAUCCUCCCUAAAAAGCAGGAGUGGAGCCCCGGUGUGUGCCAUUACGAGGCGGGACCCUCCCAGGUGAAGGACGAGCCGGAACAGCAAAAGGAGGAGCUCUGGAUAAACGGUCACGAGGAACAACCUUCAGCAGAGGACAGCGAUGACGGCGACUCUUUGACAAAGGAGCUCAUCAAAACGGUGCAGCAGUUAGAGGACUGCAGAGCAGCCGAGGAGAGCAGGGAGCAAGAGCAAACCCCGGACCCCGAGGAGGAGGAGGAGGAGGAGGAGCCGGAGCACUCAGAAGAGAAGACCAGCACCACCUUCUACCGCUGCCACAUAUGCAACUACAUAUUCACCAAAAAAACUGUGCUUACGUGGCACCUCAAGACGCACGAGAGCAAGUCACAAAACAGCAAGACGAACUUUGACUGUCACAUAUGCGGCAAGCACAUCCCCUGUCAGAGCAACCUGCAGAACCACAUGAGAGUCCACACAGGAGAGAGACCCUACAGCUGCCAUUUCUGCGGGAAGUGUUUCAAACUGAAAGGACACAUGACGGAACAUAUAAGAACCCACACGGGGGAGAAACCGUUCAGCUGUCACAUCUGCGACAAGUCUUUCAACAGAGGAUCCACGCUGAGGAAACACGUGUUAGCCAAGCAUAAGGAGGAGCGGCCGUACAAGUGCGGGGACUGUGACGAGUUGUUCACCGAAAGGUUGCUGAUGAAGAGACACAUGAGGAAAGUUCACGGCAUCAAACUGUCCACGAAUCAAAGUCCUGCCUGAAACGUUCAUUACUAAUGCGUGAUGCAUAAUGUUCCACAACACAUGAACGAUAGGUUGAGGUAUCUUGAGAAAUGUUUUUAAUUUUUUUGGAACCAAUACCAGAAAAAAGCAUUGCUCUGAGAAUGUACAUAAGCCCUUUCACACAUGCACUCCUGAAAACGUCUUGAAAAUUUCAGAACAGCUUUCCCCUUAAAUCUUCCUGAGUUGCUCUUUCACACAUGUGCCUCAGAGCGGGAGAUGUUUGCUGUAGGAUGGGGGGGGGGGGGGGGGUUCUCAGAGGGCAACGCAUGAUGUGAAACAGACUCAAGGAUAAUCACCCCCACUCACUCACUCACUCGCUUGCAGUUAAUUUUGCUGCAUAUUUCCUCCUGCGUUCUCACAUCUCACCUCGACUUUUUACAGAAACUCUGCUUUGGGGGCUGGUUUGAAAAAAAUCUGGAUAAAAUCGGGGAUAGCUGCUGUUUGCGUUUAUACAUGCAGCUCGUGCCCAAAAAAUGUGUGGACAUUUUCAGGGGGUUUUGUGCAUGUAUGAAAAGGCUCUACAAAAUGUCCUUCUUCAUGAGGUCAAAGUUUUAACAGUUCUUACAUUUCAGGACUUUGCAAGGAGCCAGGCUGACUGAUCACCAAUGCUUGCAGUCUGUUUUCUAAGUCCUGUGUCCACCUAGUUUUUUUUGUUUUUUUUUGAGCGCCAGAGUCCUUUUUGUUCAAUUGUUUUUCAAUGAGUAGGCGGCUGCCUGGAGAAAAAGAUCAGUGCACAGCGUCUUUUUUCCAAGUGUUCUACAUUUUUUGUGCAGCUGCUCCGAGCGCUCAAGUUGGAAAUCUUUCAACUUUUCAGAAAGGCGCUGUUGACAUCACCGGCGGCCUCUUAUCAAAAUAUAUGAUAUUCCCUGUAGUUUUUUCCGCCUAUGGAUCGUGUCCUGUACUCACAUCCUCUUUGCUCCGAGUCUGAUCAGGUACAAACGAUCAUACAGCUGCCGUUGUCAACAGACUGUUGUCAUAGAGACGGGAUGGAUGUGCAGCACUUUCCUUCUCAGCACACAAACGCUUCAUGCAAACACCCCCGAGCACACAGCCAACGCAUUUCUGCCUGGAAAAAAACACUAGGAAGUCAAUCAUUGCUUCACUGAUCAACAGUGUUCAGAGCGUUGUGUCGGAGCAGCUGCGUGCUGGAGGAUUGAGAGCACUGCCUGUCUCAAAUCAUGGGAACACUUUCUACACUUUAGAUGUGCUGGACAUUUGUUCUUUUACUCUCAUUGCCUCCGUGUUGGAAACCUCUGUUCAAUAUAAACAUGAAGCACCAAGAUUUCCCUCUUCAGCUUGAGAAACAGAACCUUGUUAGAGAUGAAACUCGUGUCAACGUUAAGUCAGUGACUGUCAGUCCGUCCACUUCAAUCAGCUUGAAAACACUUUCUAAUCGAAUUAUCGAGCACCAUAAUACCAUGUAAAAAUGUGGUACUUUGUUUGACUUGUUAUAUCUAUGUUAGACUAUGAAAUUAUUUUAUACAUUUAUAUAUAUGAUAUAUGUACUCUAUACAUACCUCAGUUGUACUUCUUUUCUUUUGCCAACGUUCAGUGUUAUGAUAUUAUUGUAAAGCAGCUAUGUGAACAUGAAAAUAUAUAUAAAGUAAAAAACACAUCA